CUGCCCUGCCCCGGCCCGCCCGCACACGGCAAUGUCGGACAGAGCGGAGGGGCCCGCGGGGGGCCCCUCUGGCUCCCCCGGCUCCCCCGGCUCCCCUACCCGCGACUCCGCCGGUGUCUCCGAGCCGCGGAUCAUCAAAGUUACGGUGAAGACUCCCAAGGAGAAGGAGGAGUUCGCCGUUUCCGAGACCAGCAGCAUCCGGCAGUUCAAGGAAGAAAUCUCUAAACGUUUCAAGUCCCACACUGAUCAGCUUGUGUUGAUAUUUGCUGGAAAAAUUUUAAAAGAUCAAGAUACUUUGACUCAGCAUGGAAUUCAUGAUGGACUCACUGUUCACCUGGUUAUCAAAACACAGAACAGAUCACAAGACCACCCAACUCAACAGGCAAACACCUCUGGGAGUACUGCUACCACAUCAACAUCAAGCAGUAGUACCUCAACGCCAGCAUCAACAAAUAGUAAUCCCUUUGGCUUGGGUGGCCUUGGAGGUUUAGCAGGCCUGAGUAGCCUGGGCUUAAAUAGUUCAAACUUCUCGGAGCUGCAAAGUCAGAUGCAACGACAACUUAUGUCCAACCCGGAAAUGAUGGUUCAGAUAAUGGAGAAUCCAUUUGUUCAGAGCAUGCUUUCAAAUCCUGACCUGAUGAGGCAGUUAAUUAUGGCUAACCCUCAAAUGCAGCAACUGAUACAGAGAAAUCCAGAAAUCAGUCACAUGCUGAAUAAUCCAGAUAUAAUGAGACAGACACUAGAACUUGCUAGAAACCCUGCAAUGAUGCAGGAAUUGAUGCGAAACCAGGACCGAGCUUUGAGCAACCUUGAAAGUAUACCAGGGGGAUACAAUGCCUUGCGGCGUAUGUACACAGACAUCCAGGAGCCAUUACUGAAUGCAGCACAGGAACAGUUUGGAGGUAACCCAUUUGCUUCUUUAGUAAGCAAUGCAUCAGCAGGAGGGGACAAUCAGCCAUCUCGUACGGAAAAUCGAGAUCCUCUGCCAAAUCCGUGGGCUCCUCAGUCCAGCUCACAGACUUCCACAACAAAUUCUGGCACUACUGGUGAGAGCAGUGGCAGCAAUAAUGCCGAAAGUAGCACUUCAGGCACAACGGGACAGAGCUCAACUGGACCAAAUUUGGGACCUGGGCUUGGAGCUGGUAUGUUCAAUACACCAGGAAUGCAGAGCUUAUUACAGCAGAUAACAGAAAACCCACAACUUAUGCAGAAUAUGUUGUCUGCACCCUACAUGAGAAGCAUGAUGCAAUCGUUAAGCCAGAAUCCCGAUCUUGCAGUACAGAUGAUGUUGAAUAAUCCUUUAUUUGUUGGAAAUCCUCAACUUCAGGAACAAAUGAGACAACAACUUCCAACUUUCCUUCAGCAAAUGCAGAAUCCUGACACCUUAUCAGCUAUGUCAAACCCCAGAGCAAUGCAGGCUCUGCUACAGAUUCAGCAGGGCUUGCAGACAUUAGCAACAGAAGCACCGGGGCUUAUACCAGGGUUUAAUCCUGGUUUGGGUGGAGGGGGAAGCAGUGGAACUUCUACAGCAUCCACUGUACCUAGUUCUGUUUCCACUGAAAAUACAAGUCCAGCUUCAGGAACUGCUGAACCUGGUCACCAACAGUUUGUCCACCAGAUGUUGCAGGCACUUGCUGGUGCAAAUGCUCAGCAGUUACAAAAUCCAGAAGUUCGAUUUCAGCAACAACUGGAACAGCUGAGCGCAAUGGGCUUUCUGAACCGUGAAGCAAAUUUACAAGCACUAAUAGCAACAGGAGGAGACAUCAAUGCAGCUAUUGAAAGGCUGCUUGGCUCUCAGCCUUCAUAGCAGUGUUUCUUUUAACUUGAAAAAUGUAAUUUAUUUUUGAUAACAGCUCUUUAAUCUUUCAGAUUGCUUUAUUUCAUUCUGACUCUUGGGAUUGUCUUGUUAUAACUAAAACCAAUCUGAUGCAUUUGAAGGUGGAGUGCAGUAGUUUUCUUCAGACAUUGGGAAUCAAUGCAUUUUCACUUUCGAGUGCAUCAGUUCUUUUGUUCAGCAUUAUUUGUGAUUUUUUGGAAACAGUAUCAGCUUUCACAGUUGGAUGAACAAGUUUUGUCUGACCUACAAAUGGCCAAUUUAUUUACUACUUAAACAGUAUCCUUCAAUAGUAAUUUAUGUAGAUUACACAUUAAAAAGGAAAUGAAUUGAAGCUGUGGGUACCAAUACUGCUUAUUGUGAUUUUAGCAUGUUUUAUUCUCUUGACUAGCAAAAUGCUGGAAGAUUUAUACCACUUGAGUAAUCUACCAUCUUUUACUUUAAUUUGUCUAAGGUAUAAACACAAUAUAUACAACAGAGAUGGCUCAUUUCUAGAGAUGUACACAAUAUAAUAGAGUGAAAUCGUAAGCAAUGAAAAAACAAACACAAAAAACCCCAAAGCAACAAGAAAAAAACCCA